GGAUUCCCAUUCGAUUCAAUUACACACAUAAAGAGAGUGAGGAGAGAGAGAGAAGAGAGAGAAAUUGGAAGAAAUAUUCGGCGUACCACUUGCUUGAGGUGAUGCGAUGUCGACCGAGAUAGUAUACGUUGAACGCCGUAAGGGCGUUAAUGGACUCGAAAAGGUGAUCUUAAGAGAGGUUCGCGGUAGUUCUGCCGAGGUGUAUUUUUAUGGUGGUCAUGUUACUUCAUGGAAAAAUGAUCAUGGGGAAGAGUUGCUCUUUCUUAGUAGCAAGGCUAUUUUUCAGCCUCCAAAAGCAAUACGUGGAGGUAUUCCUAUCUGUUUUCCUCAGUUCUCGAAUCUUGGCCCUCUUGAAGCACAUGGAUUUGCAAGGAAUAAGAUUUGGGUUGAAGAUCCCGAUCCACAACCUUUCCCAACAAGCAGCACCAAUAAGGCUUUCAUUGAUUUAAUACUUAAACCUUCUGAUGAAGAUGUCAAAACAUGGCCUCACAGAUAUGAAUAUCGCCUGAGAGUCACUCUUGGACCUGGAGGGGAUCUCAUGCUAACAUCUCGAAUAAGAAAUACCAACAGUGAUGGAAAAUCAUUUUCAUUCACUUUUGCCUAUCACAACUACUUCUUGGUUUCUGAUAUAAGCGAAGUACGCAUAGAGGGGCUGGAGACAGUUGAUUAUCUGGAUAAUCUGAAGGAUAGGCAACGAUUCACAGAGCAGGGGGAUGCGAUUACUUUCGAAUCAGAAGUGGACAAAAUAUAUGUCCGCACACCAACAAAGAUUGCAAUUUUGGAUCAUGAGAAGAAAAGAACAUUUGUACUGCGGAAAGACGGUCUUCCCGAUGCAGUUGUGUGGAAUCCUUGGGAUAAGAAGGCGAAGGCAAUUGCAGAUCUUGGGGACGAAGAAUACAAGCACAUGCUGUGUGUGGAAGCGGCUGCAAUAGAAAAGACAAUCACUUUAAAACCGGGUGAAGAAUGGAAAGGCAGGCAAGAGCUUUCGGCAGUUCCUUCCAGCUACUGUAGCGGACAACUUGAUCCGAGGAAAGUGCUUUUGGGUGGCUAAUUUUAUUCUUCUUCCUUGGCAGCCGGUGACAUUAUUAUUAAUAUUGCGCACAUGUA